AUGACCACCGCCAAGGAGCCCAGCGCCUCGGGAAAAUCUGUACAGCAACAGGAUCAGGAACUGGUGGGGAGUAACCCUCCGCAGAGAAACUGGAAAGGAAUUGCAAUCGCACUGCUCGUCAUCCUGGUCAUCUGCUCUCUGAUCGUCACCUCAGUCAUACUGCUAACGCCAGCGGAAGAUACUAGUCUGUCUCAAAAGAAGAAGGUGACUGUGGAAGAUCUUUUCAGUGAAGACUUCAAAAUCCAUGAUCCGGAGGCAAAGUGGAUAAGCGAUAAAGAAUUCAUCUACAGAGAACGGAAAGGGAGUGUCAUACUGCGGAAUGUUGAAACAAAUAAUUCCACGGUGUUAAUAGAAGGCAAAAAAAUUGAAUCCUUAAGAGCCAUCAGAUAUGAAAUAUCCCCAGAUAAAGAAUAUGCGUUGUUUUCCUAUAACGUGGAACCGGUUUAUCAACACUCCCACACUGGAUAUUAUGUCCUGAGCAAAAUUCCUCAUGGGGACCCUCAGAGUCUGGACCCCCCAGAAGUCAGCAAUGCAAAGCUUCAGUAUGCGGGUUGGGGCCCGAAAGGCCAGCAGCUGAUAUUCAUCUUUGAGAACAACAUCUACUACUGCGCACAUGUUGGGAAGCAGGCAAUCCGAGUGGUGUCUACAGGGAAGGAGGGUGUGGUCUACAACGGCCUCAGCGACUGGCUGUAUGAAGCUCGGGUUCCCCUUAUGGAGCUGCCAACCUACACAGGCUCUGUCUACCCCACUGUGAAGCCUUACCACUAUCCUAAGGCCGGCAGUGAAAACCCCAGCAUCUCCCUCCAUGUCAUCGGCUUGAGUGGACCAACCCACGACCUGGAGAUGAUACCACCCGAUGACCCUCGAAUGAGGGAGUAUUACAUCACCAUGGUGAAAUGGGCCACCAGCACCAAGGUCGCUGUGACCUGGCUGAACCGGGCCCAGAAUGUGUCUAUCCUGACCCUCUGUGAUGCCACCACGGGUGUCUGCACUAAGAAACACGAAGAUGAGAGUGAAGCUUGGCUCCACAGACAGAAUGAAGAGCCCGUGUUCUCCAAGGAUGGCCGCAAGUUUUUCUUUGUCAGAGCCAUCCCGCAGGGGGGACGGGGGAAAUUCUACCACAUCACUGUGUCAUCAUCCCAGCCCAACAGCAGCAAUGACAACAUCCAGUCCAUCACCUCUGGGGACUGGGAUGUGACCAAGAUCCUGUCCUAUGAUGAGAAACGGAAUAAAAUCUACUUCCUGAGCACAGAGGACCUGCCACGGAGACGACAGCUCUACAGCGCCAACACAGUCGAUGACUUCAACAGGCAGUGUCUGUCCUGCGACCUAGUGGAGAACUGCACCUACUUCAGUGCCUCCUUCAGCCAUAACAUGGACUACUUCCUGCUCAAGUGUGAGGGCCCUGGUGUACCCACUGUGACCGUGCAUAACACCACGGAUAAGAGAAAAAUUUUUGACUUGGAAGCAAAUGAGCAUGUGCAGAAGGCCAUCAAUGAUCGGCAGAUGCCUAAGAUUGAGUACCGGAAAAUCGAGAUAGAAGAUUACAGCUUGCCAAUGCAGAUCCUGAAGCCGGCCACCUUCACGGACACAGCCCACUACCCCUUAUUGCUAGUGGUGGACGGUACCCCAGGGAGUCAGAGCGUGUCGGAGAGGUUUGAGGUAACCUGGGAAACAGUGUUGGUGAGCAGCCACGGAGCAGUGGUGGUCAAGUGUGAUGGCCGAGGCAGCGGCUUCCAGGGAACCAAGCUCCUGCAUGAGGUCCGGAGACGGCUGGGCUCCCUGGAGGAGAAGGACCAGAUGGAAGCUGUGAGGACCAUGCUGAAGGAGCAAUACAUUGACAAGACACGGGUGGCUGUGUUUGGGAAGGAUUAUGGUGGUUACCUGAGCACUUAUAUCCUCCCAGCCAAGGGAGAAAAUCAAGGGCAGACCUUCACCUGCGGCUCAGCGCUCUCUCCAAUAACAGACUUCAAACUCUACGCCUCUGCAUUUUCUGAGCGGUACCUUGGCCUCCAUGGACUCGACAACAGAGCAUAUGAGAUGACCAAGCUGGCACACCGCGUGUCAGCGCUGGAGGACCAGCAGUUCCUGAUCAUCCACGCCACAGCUGAUGAAAAAAUCCAUUUCCAGCACACAGCUGAGCUCAUCACACAGCUGAUCAAGGGAAAGGCCAAUUACAGCUUACAGAUAUACCCGGACGAAAGCCACUACUUCCACAGCGUGGCGCUCAAGCAACAUCUGUACCGGUCCAUCAUCAACUUCUUUGUGGAAUGUUUCAGGAUCCAAGACAAGUUGCCGCCAGCCACAGCAAAAGAGGACGAGGAGGAGGACUAA